CACCUGACGUUUCAAAGGGAGUUUGAUUCUGAUUCUCUCAGACACUAUAGCUGGGCUGCAGACACCUUGGACAAUGUUAACCUUGUUUCGAGUCCCAUCCAUUCUGGUUUCCUGGUUAGUUUUAUGGUUGAUGCACGUGGGGGUUCGAUGAGGGGUAGUCGCCAUCAUGGAAUGAGAAUAAUUAUCCCACCACGCAAGUGUACAGCACCAACCCGCAUCACCUGCCGCUUGGUAAAGAGGCAUAAACUGGCCAGCCCACCACCAAUGGUUGAAGGAGAAGGAUUAGCAAGUAGACUUGUAGAAAUGGGGCCAGCAGGGGCACAAUUUUUAGGCCCUGUCAUAGUGGAAAUCCCGCAUUUUGGAUCAAUGCGAGGAAAGGAAAGAGAACUAAUUGUACUUCGAAGUGAAAAUGGUGAAACGUGGAAGGAGCACCAGUAUGACAGCAAACAUGAAGACUUAACUGAAAUACUCAAUGGCAUGGACGAAG